CAAGGCGUCUGUGUGAACCCCGCACACCCUUCAGACCCAAAGCCGGGAGUUAAGAUGGCGGCAGCCGACGGAGAUGACUCGCUUUACCCUAUUGCUGUGCUGAUCGAUGAGCUGCGGAACGAGGACGUCCAGCUUCGUCUGAACAGCAUCAAGAAACUCUCCACCAUUGCACUGGCCUUGGGAGUUGAGAGGACGCGCAGCGAGCUUUUGCCUUUUCUCACAGACACUAUUUAUGAUGAGGACGAGGUGCUACUUGCUCUGGCGGAACAACUGGGAACCUUCACAGCUCUGGUUGGGGGCCCUGAAUAUGUCCAUUGCUUACUGCCACCCCUUGAGAGCCUUGCAACCGUUGAGGAGACAGUGGUGCGGGACAAAGCGGUGGAGUCCUUGCGAGCAAUCUCCCAUGAACACUCUCCAUCUGACCUUGAGGCCCACUUCGUGCCCCUUGUGAAGCGCCUGGCAGGAGGUGACUGGUUCACCUCCCGUACCUCUGCUUGCGGCCUCUUCAGUGUCUGUUACCCUCGAGUCUCCAGUUCGGUUAAGGCUGAGCUCCGACAGUAUUUUCGGAACUUGUGCUCAGAUGAUACUCCGAUGGUGAGGCGAGCGGCAGCCUCUAAACUGGGUGAAUUUGCAAAGGUCUUGGAACUGGAGCAUGUCAAGAGCGAGAUCAUCCCUAUGUUCUCUAACUUGGCCUCUGAUGAGCAGGACUCUGUGCGCUUGCUGGCUGUGGAGGCCUGUGUUAAUAUUGCACAGCUCCUACCCCAGGAGGACCUGGAAUCUUUGGUGAUGCCAACGUUACGGCAAGCAGCAGAGGACAAAUCUUGGCGAGUCCGUUACAUGGUGGCCGACAAGUUCACAGAGCUCCAGAAAGCUGUUGGACCAGAAAUCACCAAAACCGACUUGGUCCCAGCAUUCCAGAACCUCAUGAAAGACUGUGAAGCUGAAGUGCGAGCUGCUGCCUCCCAUAAGGUCAAAGAGUUCUGUGAAAACCUGUCUGCUGAUUGCCGUGAAAAUGUCAUUAUGACCCAGAUCUUGCCCUGCAUUAAGGAACUGGUAUCAGAUGCUAAUCAACAUGUAAAAUCAGCUUUGGCGUCUGUGAUCAUGGGCUUGUCUCCCAUUUUGGGCAAGGACAACACAAUCGAACACCUUCUUCCUCUCUUCUUGGCUCAACUCAAAGAUGAGUGCCCUGAAGUCAGACUCAACAUAAUCUCCAACCUGGACUGUGUGAAUGAGGUCAUCGGCAUCCGACAGUUAUCCCAGUCUUUGUUGCCAGCCAUUGUGGAGUUGGCAGAGGAUGCCAAGUGGCGUGUGCGGCUGGCCAUUAUCGAAUACAUGCCCCUGUUGGCUGGGCAGCUCGGUGUAGAAUUCUUUGAUGAGAAGCUGAAUUCCCUUUGCAUGGCGUGGCUGGUGGAUCACGUCUACGCCAUCCGAGAGGCAGCUACCAGCAAUCUCAAGAAGCUUGUGGAGAAGUUUGGCAAGGACUGGGCCCAUGCUACAAUCAUCCCCAAGGUGCUGGCCAUGUCCAAUGACCCCAACUACUUGCACCGCAUGACCACCCUCUUCUGCAUCAACGUGCUGUCAGAAGUGUGCGGGCAGGAGAUCACCACCAAGCACAUGCUUCCCACCGUGUUGCGGAUGGCGGGCGACGCCGUAGCAAAUGUCCGCUUCAACGUGGCCAAGUCCCUCCAGAAAAUUGGACCAAUCUUGGACAACAGCACCCUUCAGAAUGAGGUGAAGCCAGUGCUGGAGAAACUAACGCAGGACCCUGAUGUGGAUGUCAAAUACUUUGCCCAGGAGGCGCUGACUGUGUUGGCGCUAGCUUGAGCCCGAGGACCUGGCUCUGUUGCCUCUUCCACUUGGGCGCCAUUGGACCGAUCCUUCUCUUCCCCCUUUCCCUGCAUGUCUAUGACCAGCCCCAUGCCCAGCGCGGAUCCACAUGGUGAUAUCGGCCAGUGGCCAACUGUUGCCCCCUUCUAGAGUCCAUCUCCCUCUUCUACUCUUAGCUCCAUGUUCUGAAACCUUCUUGGGCAGCUGUGAUAUUCUCUCCCUUUCCCAUCUUAGCCAGGUUCAGUUUUUGUUCUGUUCUGCCACCAGGCGGUAUAAAUGGCAGCCCGUUACCUGCUCCCCUCCAGUCCUACCCCCUGGUGGCAAGCCCACAAGAGAGGCAGAAUAGCCCCUUAAAACCCACACUUGGCAUGAUUCGUGUGAGCUCUUUGGGGAGGCAAAACCUGCUUGGAGCCCCUAUAGCUGUUUAGGCCAUAGUCUGCAUGAGAAUGUCCCCACAGCACUAUAUGUAGCUGUGCAUGGUUUUGAUUUGGCCUUUCUCUUGAUGAUCUUUGCUCCACAGGCAGCCUGAUUGUGCCUAUAACUCCCCCAUCCCAGUGACUAAAAAGCCCCAGCAUUUCUCCAUUCCAUGUCUAACACCAGUUAGUUAGAGAAAACAUCAGAUAUAAAAAUUAGCUGGUUACGAAGGGGGUGCCUUUGUUAGCUAAACUUCUCUUUUGCUCCAAGUACAGUGCAGCAGAGGCUUCUCCUCUCACAACCCCAGAGAGGGUGGGAAGGGGUGCAUAAAUCCCUGCUGUUUAAUUUCUGUUGAUCAAACGUGCUAUUAUUCUUGCUCAUCUUGUGUCCCCUUCAUGCGCUGCCUUCUGCUGGAAGGAAGUACCUGUAGGUAGCUUGUCAGAGAAGCAGCACUUGAAGAUAAUCUUACCUGGGAUGGGGGGUAUGAAACCCAGCAGACAUUGAGUUUCUGCGUGUCCUCAUCAUGUGGGAUACUGCCUCUGGGCUAAAAUUCGUCACAUAGUCCUGCCACUCUUAGACUCUAAAGUUUGGCCUUUCCUAAAUUUGGAGGGGUGAAGGGGGUAUGAGAAAGACAUCAAUCGACAGGAACAUGAGGGGCAAUCAGGUAGCUGACUCUAGUGAUGCUUGGACUAUCCGGUAGGGUGUUAGCUAAUUGGAAUUCCCAGCGUCUAUCAUGUGACUGUAAAAACACCCAACAACUUCCUCCUCCCUUCCUUCAUUGGCUCGUUUAUUUCCUGGUCCCUCCACUUUUAAGUUCCCUCCUGCUGCCUCUGCAGUUCUUGCACUGAACAAAUUAAACAAGUGUGUGUUCUAACCACACAACGCACCCUAACACACACACGCGUACCCUUUGUUAGUGGCAUGUCAUUUUAAAACUUGGAUUUUUUUUUUGUGUACACUUGUUUUAUUUUUUCCUCUCUAUGAUUAAUAAAAUGCUCGAUCGUUA